AGCUAUCAGACUGUAAACACUCUCCUUUCUUUUUCUUUUUUCUUUUUUAAUAUCUAUAUAUAUAUAUAUAUAUAAAUAUUUAAGUAAUAUAAUAUAAUAUUUUAUUUUGUCCAAAGUAAAAAGUUAAGGAACUCCAAAUAAAUAAAAAUAAAAAGGAUGGAAAAGCAGAGUUGGUAAGAAGCUAUAAAUGUGGUAGACGGUUGGAUAAUAUGCUAAAAUCAGAAUCAGACUGCCUUUUUCCUUAUCAUCUAAAUGAAUGAUUCACAAGAACCCGAACGCCAAACUCACACUCACAAUCUCUUUCUGAGCAGGUGAUCAAUCAGCAAACCAUGUAAUAUUUAUUCCCCAACCCAACUAACUAUACAUUUCCUCCUUCUUCUUCUUCUUUGAUUCCACCUAAAGUCCAACCCCUUAAACAAACACAAACAAUAGCCGUUUGAGGUAUAAUUAAUUGGUUUCGCUGCAGAAGCAGCAGCAGCAGCAGCAGAGAGAGUCGGGUUAUCAAUUCAAAAUGAAAAUGGCUUCGGAUGAGAGUAUGAGCAUCCGCUCUUGCAUUUCUAUACAGGAAGAUGAGGACGUAGAUGAAAUUACUGAUGAAGCUGUGGAUGAUCAUGAUCAUCAUCUAAUUCUAAACGAGUCCCAUCUCCACAACUUCUCCUCUAGGCUUUCCAUGCGUACCAGCAGUUCUUUCUUCUGUGGUGCCGAAGACGACGACGAUGAUGAAGCUACAGACAACGACAUGAGGAUGUACAUGUCCCGCUUGUCCAUUGAGGGCUUUGACGGCGAUGUGGACGACCAAUUCUCCGAUGAUCAUGACAAACAACAGGGAACGUUAACGGCAUCAUCGGACUCCGACAAAGAAGUGGGGUGUUACUCCCUGCCGGCGACGCCCCCGAGACGGAGGGUUUUGGGUGGAGCAGUGAAUCAGAAGCAUGGGAUUAGGAUGGGAUCAGUAAAAGGGUAUGCAAGCGAGAAUGAAGUAGGCGAUCAUCAUAUUCACAAUCACGUGGGACAGAAGAUGAUGUAUUAUUCGUCAAGGAAUAAGAGGAGGAGAAAAAGAGAGAGAUCCAGAAGGAUGAGGAUGAGCAUGAGCAUGAGUAGUAGGAGGAACAAGCUGAAAGAUGUAAUAAUGGAUGAGGAGGAUCAGCAGAUGGAAAUCAUGAGCAAGUACAGCAAUAGCAUUAAUAGCGGGGAGAGUGAAAGCGGUGGUAUGACAGGUGGAGGUGGAGGAGGGCUGGUGGUGAUAACAAGGCCCAAGGGAGGGAGAAGAUCACUGUGCAUGGGCAUGGAGGAAGUGAAGGCUUGCAGAGAUCUUGGGUUUGAGUUGGAGCACCAGCGCAUGUUGGAGAUGUCAACUACCCCUACCACUGCUUUCUCCUUCGACACUGCCAGUAGCGGUGGCAAUUCCCCUAUUGCUAACUGGCGCAUCUCCAGCCCUGGUGAUGAUCCGCGAGAUGUCAAGGCUCGGCUCAAGGUUUGGGCACAAGCAGUGGCACUCGCAUCUGCUUCGCAACACACUCCACCUGCCUAGCUGAUCGUGACCGACCUUUUAACCCUUCCUUUUAAUUGCGAAAGGGAAAUGAAGAGUGUCUUAUCCCCCCUUUUUUUUUUUAUUUCUUUUUUUUUAAUUUUUGGAUGCUUGACUGUUUGAUUAGAGUUGUCGAGGCAUCUACUUCUUCAUCUGUACAUAAUAUAUCCAUACAUAUCAUAUAAACUAUAUAUGACACACCAUGAGAAUUGGAGCCUUGAUCAUCAGAGAAAAAUACAUAUGACAUGAACUGUAUAAUGAUUCUGGUCAGGUUAAGCAUACAACUUGCCCCUGUAUUCACACUGUUAGAUAUUGUAAUCACAACAAUAUAUUGAGAUCAAGAAUUUGUCAAAAA